AUGUCUACUUUCCAGCUCAUGAUACAGGCAAAACUACAGCAGCUACGCGAGGAAGGGAAUGCUAAAAAUAAAUCAGCUGCGCCAGAUAUCCCUUCUACUGCAAAGCGUCCUCGUUCUGCUGAACCACCAGACAUUCCCCAUGUACCCGCCAAACAGGCUAAAGAAAUUGAGCCAGCACAAGCUCCAAUUGAACAGGCCGAACCCGUUGAAGAGAUUGUAGCUAUCAAGGCUCAAUCUCCAGAAGAAGAGGUGCCAUCAGAAACAGAGGCCGUGAAAGCUAAACCUGAACCAGCUGAGUCUACAAGUGUGUCUGAAUCUGAAACUCCUCCUACUUGUACUUGCGCGAUCUCGAACAACUGCAAACUUGCUGCCAAAAAUGGAGUUCGAGACUGUCGAGUUCUGGCUCCUAUUCCCAAAACAAAACGCCCCAAAACAACAAAUGCAGCCCCUGCAAGAGCUCUUUCCACGAAACAACAAGCGAGAGUUCAGAGAACUAUGAACGAUAUGCUCCAGAUCCUGAAUGUUUUCAAACAGUCCAAAAUUCGCCCUUCUGCAAAUUUAUUUCAGCAAAUGAGACAUUGCGUUCAACAACUUCCGUUUCUUGAAAUUCCUCCGUCGUCUCAUACCCUCUUGAAAUCCAAGUUCUUAGACCCGAACACUGGCUUCCCGGCAAUUGUUAACAGCGAUGCUGUUCCGUGGGAUAUCAAACUCGACAUUAAAGUUCUUCAACUGCGUUGGGAAAAAGGCGAUCUCGAUACUAGCUUAGACAGAGGCCUCAUUACUAAGUCGGCAAAGACCAUUAGCCGCAGUUUCGAUCCCACCUAUAAAUUUCGCGUCUCAUGCUCCUACAUCGGAGAAGGUAGCCUAUCCAAUGGCCAGUGGUUUCCAUGGCAACUGGCUGCCUCUCGGGAUGGUGCUCAUGGCGAGAUUGAAGCCGGUGUGUGCGGCUAUCCGUCCUUGGGCGCUGUUUCUGUGAUCCUCAGCUCCGGGUAUGCAGACACUGACGAGGGCGACAUUAUCUAUUACUUUGGUACCCAAGGCAAAAAUGGAGAGGCAUCUCAGAGCACCACGUUCCUCCUCCAGUCUGCAAAAAACAAAACUCCACUUCGUGUUCUGCGCAGCUCACGCCUUCCCAACAUCAACAAGUACCGCCCAGUUGAGGGUCUUCGUUAUGAUGGUCUUUAUAUAAUUGAAAGUGAGGAGCUGAUGGAUGAGCCAAAUAUGCUUUACCAAUUCAAGCUCAAACGGCUCCCUGGUCAGACUCCGAUUCGAUACGCUGGUCCUUCAAAGAAACCAAAUCAGAAGGAGGUUGAUGAAUACAGGACUAUGCAAAAGUUUACCUCGGUUUCAAGAAAAAAGGCAACCUAA